AGCGAUGGCCAUUCUACCAACGACAGAGUUUUCAAUCCGUAUGCAAGUGCAAGAACGGCAAGAAGAAGAUCUUACUAGACAUUCUCCGUAGUUUUAGUUACGGCAAAGCGUAUUUUAUCGUCAUGCACCAGCAGUACCAAUCUGAAAAAUUAAGAACAUCAACAUUUUGUCAUGACAGCACAACAAGAACUAGAAAUUCCAUAAUUGAGAAUAUAUAAGAAACCUAUAACGCAACAACGUUAAUGUCCUUGCUCUACAGAAAAAUGUCCACCCCACCGUCGGGUCGUGGUCGCACCGACCACUUCCUUUCGUCAAAAAAUCGAAAAAAAUUGUCCGUCAAAUCGAUUGGCCUAGUCAGCUUGCUUUCGAAUGCGACUGAGUUUGUCCUUGCGGCGCCUCCAGUUUCGUAUUAUGCGUCGCAUUCCAGCAAGAACGUUCCACGCAUGUGGACAAGACAUUCGCCGAAAGCUCGUACUAGUCAAGAACGAGAACUACGUGUACUUCUUACAUCUUCUAGUGAGGCUGUCGUUUCUAGUGGUGCACGUGCAGGAGCUGAAAUAUCGACACAACCAGCAAAGACGCCACAGGACCGAAGACGAAGAGCCGUUUCGUUCGACAAGACGAGUGUGACAGAUGUUGUAGCAUCAGCAGAACAUCCAGCCCUAGUAGAGAAAGUAGAGAACCUCGAUCUACUAGACGGCGUGGUCUCAAAGAAGGUUCUUGGCAAGAAACCUGCUACUCCUACUAGGAAGAAGAAGAUGGAGCGGACGUCGUCGCUUCUGACUGGUGCUGAAACAAGAAGGAACAAUAGCACACAUACACAAGAGCAUCAAAAUGAAAAGGUUGCGGAAAUAAAGGUCGAUGCGCAUCGACAUCAAGAUCAAGUAGAACCUAAGGAACUUCCAACUCCUUCAAUUGCAAGGACUAGUAGAACUAACAAGACGACGAGGACGACCUCCUCAUGGCAACCCAGUUUGUCGAUUAAGCCCCUAGAGCAGGAAGAUGUGUUUUGUGCAUGCAGGCAGCUGAUCUCGCAACUGUCAACACAAGUGCCGAAGCUAGAGGGCACGGCGCCAAUGACCGAUAUAGCGCAGCAAGAAGAACAUGUAGUGAAGAUCAGCGAUGCCGAAAUUCUUGAUGUCGCAGCAGAUGAUGUCGCUUUUACUGAAGGACGGAGCGCUGUCGACGAUAGUACUGAAUCGAAGGAGGUACUGCAGCUGUGCUUAUUGUUUUGUCAUUCUGUUUUUGUCAUAAUUCUGGGCUUCAAUUCAUAAUGUAUGUAGGCCUUCCUGAUAUUCCUUUGCGACGGGAACAUCCUUCGAAAAGAAAGGAUCGACUCAUAUACUCGCAGGCAAUACCGAGCUUAUUCCUCCUACAAGAAUUUGUCUCGACAUUGAUGAAUUUUUAAUUACCUCAAGGAGGAGUUUCCAAUUUCGAGGCACCCAAGUGUCCUUGAUAUUGUUUAGUCUCCUAGGUAGUACAUGUAAGACUAUGUGAGACUCAUGCCAUGCCAUGUAUGUCAACGUGGUGGUUAAACUGCACAACUACAACAUCUUCGUGAUCAGUGGAGUAUUUGUAUGCAUUGCUUUUCAUUUUUCCACAGGAGGCAGCAGCAGCGAAGAAAAUUGAGCAAAGAGCGAAAGCAAAACCAGUUCUGGUUCCCGUAGCCCGGGCUCGCUCGUCAACUGGAGGCAAUGCGCGUUGGUGUAGACGUUUGCUUGCUAACGAAUCGAAGCAAGUGCAACAACAUACGAAAUCCUCCUCUUGUCCGGCAACAGAAAGAAGUAGAGACCAUGUUAUUGCAGCUGCUCGCCAGACAAGUGCACCAGAGACAACGCGAGCAGGCGAUGUUGAGCAUGUCGUUGCGGCAACGCCUUUCGCUGCCCUUCUGUCGGACCCAACUCCUUCGCAACAGUUAGUUUUUGGAGAUGUCACAAGGGUGUUACAGCGUCCUCAAAAGCCUGAACAGCUGCAACCUAGCGUCUUCAGACCUGUGCCGCUCCGUCCCCCUCCAGGACUGACUCUGCCUAGUCCUCCUGAACGACCUGAGUAUUUCAACAUUUCCACACCAAAAGAAGUACUUGCAGGAGGUGCAGAAGUAGACGCUUUUCUUCCUCAUGCUCUACUCCUUCCUCAAGGGACGAUAAGCGCUGUUCUUGGAGCUGCUGUUGUACGUCACCCAAUUGAUCAUGACUAUGAAUCUUCUAGGUCCUCGUCAACGUCAUCUUCACGACCUCUAAUGUCAUCACCUCCUCCUAGCAGUCAUGUUGAUGGUCCAGCAUCCUCUCCAGAGAUCUCUCCUUCGACUGUUGAUGCAGAAUAUCGAGAUGUUUUUCUCACACCGCAAGAGGAGGAAGAGGAGAGACCGCAAGGUCGUGGAGAUAAACUACGGCACGCAGGCAGAGAACAAAGCACUAGGAGCGCCAGCAGCCCUUUGCAAUUUAUCCCUGAACAGGAAAUGGGGCGACCACACCUUUUAGAUCAUAUUACACCGAAGGCAGUGGCAGACGCAGACGCAGACCUAGUAAUGCAAACAAGAAGCAAGAACAAGAUGAAAGCAUUGAUAGAAUCGGUUCGCCCGGAUCCUAUCGAGACAUCUUUUGCGACUUCUAGUCCGGAGGAAGAUGAAGAGGGCGUGGCAGGUGCCACUGGCAUGUUGAAAUCCUCAAAGAGCAAGUCCUCUCCUGCCUCAAAGUUGAUGAGAAAUGAGAGCAAAGCGUCGACACGGUCUACGACAUCUUCAGCCUCUACUGCUCUGCCGCCAUCGACAUCGAGCAUAUGUGGUUCUAGCCCAGGUUCGAGGCUGGACUCGUCCAAGCGUGGGAUCCUAUGCUUUCCCUCCUCAGCAACGUCUUCGGGAUCUUCAAUGCCUCACCCUAGAAAAGCAACAGGAAGUGCCACGAGUGGUAGUCUUGAACAACUUCACUUUUCAACACGUGGAGAGCGAUCAUUGGGGAGCAGCGAUUUAUUUGAUUGCCAACCCUAUCCGUUCGGACACGGUUUUUACACGAGCUCGUCUGAGAGAACAAGCACUCCACCUGGGCUCUUUGAUCAAGGGUCCUCUAGUGAGCAGGUAGAUCCGGAGCAGUUCAAUUGGUCUGGUAGCUUUAGGAGCGACCAAUCAGGUCGUUCAUUAUUUGAACAAGCGCAAGCACUGCAACCCUUCCGUAGAUCGCCUGGGCCAGCAUUAUCCUCGUCAGCCUCGACUACCCCACAGUCAGGACCCGCACCUUCGCCUCCUCCGCCGGUUAGGCUGCCUACUUUGGAGGAAGUAAAACAACUACAAGGUGGAGGAACUGGCACAACUGAUGAUGCUCAUCUUGUUGCUGAUCUUCAUUUAGGACUCGUCCCGUAUAGUUUAUGGGGUGCGAAAGCGAAUAACACCUACCAGGAUGGACAGGAUCAUGGACACUUAAUAUUGCCACUGCAACCUCCAGCGCUAAGUGAAGCUGAAGCUAGAAGCGUAGCAACCUCAGAGCAUGAGGAGGAUGAACAAGACGAACGAGCAAAGCUUAUUGAAAGGCUGAGGCAGGAGCAAGCGGAGGAGCAGAAGCAACUAGACAAGGAACUGGACAGACAAAGGCGCAGAGAGGCGUCCGGAGUUUGCUCCUUCAGCCAAGGAGGAGGAGCAGAAAGUGACUGCCCUUCAUCAAGCGCUCCUUCGUCGCCUACGCGGCGUGGGACCGAACCAAGACUCAUGCACACGCAACCGGAAAAAUUUAGACCACGUCUGCUGCCUUCUGGAAGUACUAGUGGCGACAGCGCCAGUGAGGAGGACAACAGCAGCGGUCACAUUCCACUAGUAGAUGGAAGAACUGAGUUGCGGGACAGAAAUGCCGGGACCAUGGCGGUGCUGGGAACUUUGAUGAAUAAAGCAAAAGCAAUGGAGUUGAGCAAGCUGGCUGGUGUACCAUACCUUCACGAUGGCCAACCUGUUCAUCUUCACGGUCACGCUGUAGUGACUGGCAACCAAGAUUCACCGGGAGGAGCUUCUGUUGCUUCUGCUUCUUCUGAUGAACAGCUACCUACUGGCUUUGCGCGGUUGUCGACCGAUGCGCCGCUAAUCGGUGGCCCGAAAAGUAGAACAAGAACAGGCAGCUUCGCAGUUGGUACUCCAUGGGUGGCCGAUGACGAUGUUGCUGAGCCGUAUUAACAGCUCUUUGGCUCUGGCGGGUGAUCAAUGGAGGGAGGUCUAGUGUGAUGCUAUUGGGUACAUGUGUGGGUGAGAGUGUGCAAAUUGGCUUCUUUCUUUUCUCCCGCCUUACCCCAGAGAGCAUUCUUCCCGCUGUGCUCGUUUUGAUUACUUAUUUUCCUAGUGCAGGGCUAGUGCUCUCGCUCUGUCUACUGUGAUUAAUCGCCGUCGAGUUUUUCACACAUAUGCAUCCUACAUAUCACUACUUAACCUUAAGUACCUUCGACUAUGACCUUGUCGAAAAACUUGCUUCGUCUCUUGGAUUUGAUAUUUUUAAUUGAUUUCAAGUUGUUGUUGCUCGUUGUUGUUGUUUUGGUCGCCUUGACCGAUGGGCCGCGAUCAGCCUGAGCUCGAAAGUCGAAGCCUUAGGUUCAGCACGGUAACGUUGUACACAACAUGGUCUUCGAUCAUAGUCGUGUAGGGUAGCGUUUGUGCAAGUAAAUGAGAAUUUAAAAUGACAUGUAGCCUCUCGGAAACGGGCUUAGCUGCCAAGUAUCUUCCUUGCGUGUAGUUGAUGAAAAUGAGGCUAUCAUUACAGGAACCACCGGUGCGAGGUGUCAUAGCUAAAAUUCAGUAGGCCUAGCCUAUGAUAUCAUGUCGCAGUGAGGUAUAAUGGGGCAAUUUCAAUCACCACCGUCAAGAACAAGAAGAUCGAGAGGAAUGACUCAUCGUGAAAGGAUAACGAUUGCAUCAUGCAUAUAUCUUUGACUGUCGCUGUAUACACUCUAGCUGUGAAUUUCAAAUCUUCAACUUGAACAACUUUAAGGUUAGACUACUUUGUGAAACAAUUAUUUUAUCAAAAAAUGGUAACAUUUACAACAUUAUACACUGUGCAAUGCUCCUCCAUCUAUCUGCUCUAACUAGUAUGUGAAGAUACCGAGGCCUGUGAAGAUGUUCAGCCUAGUGCCGUCGAAUGAAGACCCACACUGCAUCUAGUUGCAUGUUUUCGCCCAUGGGAAUCUGGUUGACGUGAAGCCAUUUCGUUUAGAACAUUUAUGUUGGUAUCUAAAUUUGAUUUUGAAUUUCAUUUUCUUCAUAGGCCCAAUUACAGCGCAGAUUCAUUGAGAACAGAUUUCAUCCUUGUAGUAAUUGAUCAAGAUAUCAAGAACAAGGUUUGAAUUUCACUUCCUGUUAUCAUUAAUAGCAAUACCCCCUGAGUGCCUUUGAACGGUCGCGGUGUCUUUGUAGCCCAUUUUGGUGCCUCAAGCAACACCUAGAUGCAUGCAACAAUCAAGUGGUUAAGAUCCAUGACAAAGAUGAACGAGUCUUCAAUACAAGAAUUACUGCAAGAAAUACAGAGGCGAAGAUCAUGAAUCCAAGAU